AUGGUCAUGCAGCAGCUCUGGAUACUACCAUGUGGAUGGGACGAUCCAGUGCCGGAAAGCCUACAAGAGAAAUGGAGAAAUUAUUGCCAAGAUUUGCCCAAAAUAUCCGCAUUCCGUGUUCAACGAUACGCCUUUCUGCCAAACUCUAAGGUACAACUGCACACAUUCACCGAUGCUUCCGAAGCCGCAUACGGGGCAUGCGUUUACGCACGAUGUGCAGAUUCCAAAGGCAACGUCAGAGUUCAGCUACUCGUCUCGAAGUCCAGACUAGCUCCACUGAAGAAAUCUAACAUUGCUCGUCUCGAAUUAUGUGCUGCAGCGCUCGGCGCUCACCUUUACGACCAUGUCAAACGAGCCCUCGAUCUAGAAAUUGAGGCUUCCCACUUUUGGACGGAUUCCACCGUAACGCUGCAUUGGCUGAAAGCUCCCCCACACAACUGGAAGACAUACGUGGCGAACAGAGUAGCUGAGGUACAUCAUCACACCCAAGGUUCGCAGUGGCGACAUGUUCCGGGAACCGACAAUCCAGCUGAUUUCGUUUCGCGCGGCAUGACAAUUGAUGAAUUACUCCGCUCCGAAUGCUGGAACAACGGACCUAACUGCCGAUCCUUAACAAUCGACGAACUGCGAAUUGCAAAAAUACGCCUCACUCGUUUAGCACAGGAAGAUGCCUUCAGCGAUGAAAUUCGGGAACUUGAAAAGGGAAAAAAUGUGUCAAGAAAGUCCUCCAUCCGGCUGCUGAAUCCUAUCCUAGACUCCGAGAGAAUAUUGAGGGUUGGAGGUAGACUAAACUUGUCCCAGUUGCCCUAUCACACCAAACACCCUGCCCUGCUCCCUAUCAAUCAUCCCUUCACUCGCAUAGUUGCUCAAUAUUACCACCUUAAGCUCCUUCACGGCGGCGGGCGUCACUUGCUCGCUACGAUUCGCCAAGAAUUCUGGCCACUAAAUGGCCGCCGAUUGGUGCGAAGCAUUGUACGCAAUUGCUUUCGCUGCACCCGUUUGAAUCCAGAACCAGUACAACAACAAAUAGGCCAACUACCGGCACAGCGAGUAGUUCCAGGAAGACCGUUCGAAGUCACAGGCGUUGACUAUGCGGGCCCGCUCUAUCUCAAGCCAGCACAUUUCCGAGCACCAGCGCUGAAAGCGUACAUCUGCAUUUUUGUAUGCUUCACAACGAAGGGCGUCCACAUAGAGCUCGCUAGCGACUUGUCCACCCACACAUUCCUGAAUGCUCUUCGCCGUUUCAUCGCCCGACGCGGCAAGCCUGCCCACCUACACUCCGACAAUGGGAAAAACUUCGAGGGUGCAAAAAAUGAGCUCAUCGAACUGUACCGGAUGCUGAACAACACCAAGAACCGGGACCAAAUUGAGAACGUCUGCGCCUCCGAAGGAAUUCAGUGGCACCUCACUCCCCCAAAGGCCCCACACUUCGGCGGAUUGUGGGAGGCAGCAGUGAAGGUCGCCAAGAAGCAUUUAUUUCGCCAGCUCGGGCCCACCAAACAAUCGUUCGAAGACAUGGCCACCGUACUGGCAGAAAUCGAAUCCAUAAUGAACUCACGCCCACUGCUCCCGAUUACUGACGAUCCAGAAGACCUCGACAUCCUUACGCCUUCGCACUUCCUCAUCGGCACCACUGCAACAGCCUUGCCCGACCCAGACGUCUCCACUGUUCCUGUUAACCGGCUGACCCACUAUCAGCAGCUCCAGCAGCAUGUCCAGCAAUUUUGGGUCCGUUGGCGAGACGAAUAUUUGGCCGAGCUUCAGCGAGAUUCCAGGCACCGUAGCAGAAACAACGAAAUCACCCCGGGACGAAUGGUCAUCGUAGUAGACGAGCUGCAGGCUCCCCUUAGGUGGCCACUUGCGAGAAUCACAGCAGUUCGACCAGGAAAAGACAACAUCGUCCGUGUUGUCUCGCUCCGAACAGCGAAAGGAAUAAUCACACGACCAGUCACCAAAAUCUGCUUGUUGCCGUUCUCCGCUGCCACCACCGACGCAGAAGGAUGUCCAGCGACCAGCAACCAAUCAGCAGAGGAAAUAGCAGCGAAUUUAGUGUAG